CGCUACCUUUUACUCUUUUUUUGUCGUCCUUCUUCCCGUUGAGCUAAUCGGUUUCGGUCAACCGCUACACCUGCUCCCCAUUUCUUACAUUUAUCCUCCCACAAGUACACACAACAUGGAUGAUUUUGACAUGCUGAACGCGCCCGCUGCCGGAAACGGUGUCGGCUCAGACGAAGACCCUGCUGCCGCGUUCUUGGCCCAGCAGGAGAGCGAAAUCGCAGGGAUUGAAAACGACGAAGGCUUCAGCAUCCUGGACAGCGGAGAGGUCCCCUCGUCGCUCGGAGAGUCUAACGAUGGUGCUGUCAACGGUGAUCUUCAUGGGGAAAGCAACGGUCCAUCAGAUGCUUAUGCAGCUAUUUCCAAUGCAGACCGGCUGCAGGCUGAACCCGAAAGCCUACGCAAGUGGAGGGAGGAGCAAAGAGAGAGGCUGGAGUUGCUAGAUGCCAACUCUGUCAAGCAGGAGUCAGAGUGGAAGGAGAAGGCCAAGGUGGAGCUGGAGGAGUGGCACGCCAGGCAGAACGAGCAGCUGGAGAAAACCAAAACCAAUAACAGGGUGCUGGAUGAAGACUUCUACAAGCAGCCCUUCUCUGAGCUCAUUGGUUAUGUGUAUGUUGCUCCAACUAACAUCCUCCUCUUUAUUUUUUUUUGUUUUUGUUUCCUCCAUCAUCAUCAGCUCCCAGCAUCCAACCACUGACGACAUCAUUCCUGUCAUUAUUUAGGGAAUUAGUUACCUCCCCCGUGUUGCUACGUUUUAGUUCCACCUUUAGUUUUCCAUAUUUAACUACUUGGAUUUAUAAUUGUUACUCAAAAUUUUUGCUUUUGCAUUUAAAUACAAACUGCAGUAAUUUUCACCCCAUGUGUCUGCAUGCCAUUUGUGAGUGGCUGCCUGUCAGAAUAUUUCAGUACAGAGAAUGACUGCAUGCUAGUACACACUCACUGCCAAGUUCCUCAGUCACAUCCACUGAAAACAAGCCAAUUCUUUCGUCACUGUGCCCAUAUUAAUUUGUCAUAUAUUAUUCACUUACAUACCAUUUCCCUUCAGAUAAUUUCAGCAAAACAUUUUGCAAAUACAUUUCGGAAGUUUCCGACAAUUAUCAUUUGCUUACAUUAAUUGUUUGAAGUCUCGCAGAAAGUGUUUUGUUUAUACUUUAUAUUUAAUUUUCACCAAAUUAAUCUACAAAAUAUAUCCUGGAGUAGGAUUCCUGUAGAUUUAUUUGAAGCAAUUGUGUGUUUAUACAUGGAUGUGGUGUUGGCGUCAGUAUCACCUAAACUUUUUUUCUUUUUUAUUAUCUUGAGAAUUGUUUGUAAAAAUAAGAUAUGAUGUCCCCGCUCAAUGUUCAGAGUUGACUUGGUGAUGCUGAUGGUUCCUUUCUCUGAAUCUCUACAAGUCAAGCGUCCUAAUUACUCAACCUAACUUCCCACAUUACCAUCCACAGCUUCUUACUUAUAUAAAGAGAUGGGCUGUGUGUGGAACAGGAUAGUACCAAACUAAACAUAGAAAAGUUAGCUUUAAAUACAUUGUGUGAAGUUGUAUUCCUUUCUGAACUCAUCUAUGCUCACUAAGGUGGAAGUCCUCAUCAAACAGUGUGUUAAGAUAUCUUAUUUCAAGUUAUUAGGUGUUAUUUUUUUUGUCAUAUCUCCUCUCAAACUACAACUUUUUACAUUCUGUGUACUAACUAAAUGUAGUUGGGCUUCUAGUCAAGCUGUCUACAGGAUUUAGAAAUUGAGGCUGACACCUUGUUUUAAUCACCCCUUCAGAAAUACAGGUUUCAAGCUUUGUAUCCAUGAAUUUGGUUCAUAGAUGGGUCCUCAAUUCUUUUCCAAGUAGCAUUAAACAGUUUAAGUUUUGUUUUCCUGAAACUGCAGAUGUCUUGAACUUGUGAUACAAUAAGCUCAGGCACUCACUGUCUCCACUCUCUUUCUCUCUAUUGUCUUAUUAGUGCUAAAAUUAAAUGUACAGUCACUUUUUAUUGCUGGCACCACUGGUCAUGUCAUGAAUGCACAACUGAUUCAAAUUGAAAUGUGUUCAUGCUUUAUUAGAAUGUUAGCUGCUCUGUAGCUACUGUUGUCCUACAGGAUGACAUGUUAAUUUGCCCAAGCUAGCUGUCCAAUAGCCUGAGCUGUGCAGCCUUUGGUUUUGCCAUCAAAUUACUUGGGAAUGUCCAUUAGCCUGCAUUGUGGUGUACAUGUUUUGUUUCUUCUUGUUCAUUGGCUUUGGUUUUCUAGGUAAAGGGACUCAUUGCAGGUUUUUAUUAAUGUUUAGCUGAAAGCCAUCAUGUUUUGGUGAGAAUAGUUUCACAUCUUUCCUGGUAAAAUUUUUUUAUUUGGCUUCUCCUUCACUGAGUUGAUUGAUGAGCUGUUCUUCUUUUGAAAACUAGGAUCACAUUUUCUACUAUAUUUUUAACUAAAAUACAAACUUAUUAAAAUAUGCAUGGGCCCGGGUAAAAUGCUUUUGUGUGCUUAUUAGGGAAAGACGCAUUUUAUU